ACAAUGAGCAGUCGGAGAAAGAGGGCCCCUCCUGUGAGGGUGGAUGAGGAAUCAAAGAGGAGGCUUGAGUGGAACAUGCUGGAGGACCGCAAAAACGACGGGAUCCAGGAAGGUGACGAGACUCCAUCCUCUUCCUGCCUUACAGCCGACCCCACUGCCAGCAGCUCCUUUUUCUCAGCGGUAGAACAUAUCCCAGAGGCUUCCUGCACCAAUUUGUCUCAGUUUUUAGAUGAACUUCCAAGUACGUCCUCAGAUAGCGCCUCUGCAUCCACCUCUCUGGCACUCUCUGUGGUGCCAGUUUUGAAGAUGGGCCACAUCUGGAAAGCUCUAAUCGGGGAGUUCAGCAUCCGGCCAGCUUGGCUGCCUUCCGACUACGAGCAGAGAUCUUUUAUGUUGUGUCGGACUGGUGAGCAGCUCUACCUGAGUUAUGGCAGCGGUGAUGAGAGCUCUGGGCUUCAGUGGAGCCCUGAGGAUGACAGCUGCCCAGUGGAGUGCAGCCUCAGUAGGAUCCCAUACGAGGACCUGAGCUGGCUGCAAAAGAGGAGGGUGGUGGAACUCUGCCACCAGACAAAAGAACAGGAAGUUAAGGUGGGAAUUUAUUUGCUAGAAACUGGGCUGGGGAAGCCAGAGUUCCUCAGUGAGGGAAAUGCCCGUCUGAAGAAAGCCAAUCAGCUCAUGCAGAAACUCAUGGAAUAUUUCUACGAUUUCAUCAUCCCUGAAGUUGUAGAUAACGAGGAGGAGGAGUGUGACACGGACCUUGAGAGGCAAAAUGUGGAGGAACUUUAUGAUUACGUGAGGCACCAGCAUCAGAAGCAGAACCAGGAUGUGACGUAUGACGUCCAGCACCAGGUUCUGAUUCCCGUCCUCAGGCCGUAUCAGAGCCAGGCAGUUAACUGGAUGCUGAGGAGAGAGAAAUACGGCAUCAUUGCACCUAAAGAACAAUCCCUUCAUUUCCUCUGGCGAGAGUUGGUGACUUUAUGCGGCAAGAAAUUGUUUUAUAAUCCUUUUACUGGCUGCUUAAUUCGAGAGUUCCCUCUCGCUGGUAUUGAGUGGCCUGGUGGGAUCCUUGCUGAUGAGAUGGGCCUCGGGAAAACAGUGGAGGUUUUGGCGCUUAUCCUUUUUCAUACGCGACAGAAUCUGGAGCAGGAGGCCUUCACGUUGCCUGUGGGAAAAUCUGUGAAUUACUUCGUUCCUCCUCGUCCUUUAGAAGAGAAAGUUACCCGCUGCAAGUCUGAAGCUCAGCCCAAAAUAAAAACCUCCCACCCAACGGUGCGUGUGAUGUUGCUAAAUGCGAUAAAGGAAAUGCGAACCGGCAAAGGAGCCUCGGUCAAUGCUGUUUUCACCUACAUCCGGGCAACAUACGGCUUUGACCUCCUGAAGAACCGCAAUCACAUCAAGAAGACGCUGGCGAAGCUAAUAAAUGAGGGCAUGGUCGACCGGGUCAAGGGUAGAGGCUUGGCGGGGUCCUUCAAGUUGGGAAAAAACUACAAAGAAACAAAAAAGAUCCUGUCUGGAGCACCCAAGUCUAUUUUCAAAGCGGCAGAGAGCACGCCUAGGAAAAUGUUCCAGAGACGAGCAAAAGAGAAGGCAGAGGCAGCUCUGCAAAACUCCCUGUCAGAUGAUCAAAGAGAUCUGAGUCCUGCGUCUGACUGGUGUGAGACAGAAGGAAAAGAAGGGAAACAGUGGGAUGAACGUUUGAACGAGCGGACUGAUCAGGAGGAUGAAUCGAUGGAUACUACCGCAGCAUCUGUGAAGAUACCCCAGGAGAAAGGUGAGGACAUUCCCAGAAUCAACGAGCCGCUCGAAGAAAGAGGAGAAGCCUCUCAGACGGAUUCUCAGGAUGAAACAGAAACUCCCACCAGAGCAUCAGUGGUCCCGUUCAACACCCUGGAUUACCGCUUUGAGUGCAUCUGUGGAGAGCUGGGCGUCAUUGAUUACAAGGCCCGCGUGCAGUGUAUGAACUGUCAGCUGUGGCAACAUGCAGACUGUGUCAACUAUAAAGAGGAAAGUCUUACGACGACCCCCUUUUACUGUCCUCACUGCCUGGUAGCUAUGAAACCAGUAUCCACUGGAGCCACACUCAUCAUUUCCCCUAGCUCCAUCUGCCACCAGUGGGUCGAAGAGAUCAACCGCCACAUCAGAUCCUCCUCCCUGCGAGUGUUGGUGUAUCAGGGGGUGAAGAAGCACGGCUUUAUCCAGCCUCGUAUGCUCGCUGAGCAAGACGUGGUCAUCACCACCUACGACGUGCUUCGCUCUGAGCUCAACUACGUCGACAUUCCUCACAGCAAUAGCAAAGACGGCCGGCGCUUCCGAAACCAGAAGCGCUACAUGGCGGUUCCCAGCCCCCUGGUGGCCGUGGAGUGGUGGCGCAUCUGUCUGGACGAAGCCCAGAUGGUUGAGUGUCCCACAGCGAAGGCUGCAGAAAUGGCUCUGCGUCUUGCCUCCGUCAACCGAUGGUGCGUCAGCGGCACUCCUGUCCAAAGAGGCUUAGAAGAUCUGUACGGCCUCAUGCUUUUCCUGGGCGUGGAUCCAUACUGGGUUAAACACUGGUGGGACCAGCUGCUUUAUCGCCCUUAUCGCCGUGGAAACACAGAACCUCUGUACAAUGUUAUCGCUCAGAUAUUAUGGCGGUCAGCUAAAAAAGACGUCAUCGACCAGAUUCAGAUUCCCCCUCAGACAGAGGAGGUUCACUGGCUUCACUUCUCCCCAGUCGAGGGUCAUUUUUACCACCGCCAGCAUGAGGUCUGUUCCCAGGAUGCUUUGGUGAAACUCAGGAAAAUCUCUGACUGGAGCCUGAAACUGGGCAGCCUGGACCGCCGCACCGUCAACACCAUCCUGUACCCGCUGCUGAGGCUGCGUCAGGCCUGCUGCCAUCCGCAGGCCGUCAGGGGGGAGUUCCUGCCUCUGCAGAAGAGCACCAUGACAAUGGAGGAACUCCUCAAGUCUUUGCAGAAAAAAUGUCGAGUGGAGUGUGAAGAAGGUCACAGGCAGUUGGUGUGUGCACUCAAUGGUUUGGCUGGAAUUCACAUCAUCAGAGGCGAGUUUGUAGAGGCCGUGGAGAUGUAUAGAGAGGUUCUGCGUUCAUCAGAGGAGCACAAAGACAGGCUGAAAACCGAUUCAUUACAGGUACAUUCAGAUCUACCUUUUUCUUUCCAGGUGAACUUAAACUCCCCCUGGUGGUUGGAAGUCGUCCAGAGGGCAAUCCGCUGCUCCACCGAUGAAGAUCUGGUGUCCCGUGUCAAGAAUGAGCUAACGUCGAGCUACAAGCAGCAGUCCCACAAGCUCUCCAUGGCAGACAAGUUCCGUGAUGCCUGUGGUCUGCAGUUCCUGCUCACCACACAAAUGCAAGAUCUGAUGAAGUCCCAAAAAACUGUGCAAGAUGCAGUGAAGAGCCUCGAGGGCCCAGCUUCUAAGGAAGUGAUAGAAGAGGCCACCGUUUGCCACCUUAGGCCAGUGAGACUGCCACUCAACAACUGUGUGUUCUGUAAAGCAGAUGAACUUUUCACUGAUUAUGAAUCCAAGCUGUUUGCUCAAACGGUGAAAGGUCAGACAGCAAUCUUUGAGGAAAUGAUCGAGGAUGAGGAAGGCCUAGUGGACGACCGUCUUCCCACCACCAGUCGCGGCCUGUGGGCAGCCAGUGAGACUGAGCGCACCCUCAAAGCCAUCUUGUCGUUCGCCAAAGUGAAACGGAUGGACCCGGAGCUGGUGGAGGAAGGGAACACUUUCAUGGAGCUGUUUGAGAACUGGAAGAAGGAGUAUAAAGUUUUGCAUGAGUACUGGAUGGUGCUGCGUAAUCACGUGUCGGCCAUUGACGAGUUGGGGAUGGCUACUGAACGGCUGCGUGUUCGUCUGCCUGAUGAACCGAAACCCAAACUUCUGCAUAUUAUAGAGCCGCACGAAGUGGAGCAGAACAGAGUGAAACUUCUAAACGACCAGGCUGUGGCAAAGUCGCAACUGCAGAAGAAGCUGGGACAGUUUCUCUAUUUAACCAAUCUGGAAAAGUCGCAGGACAAGUCAACUGGAGGGCUGAACCCUGAGCCAUGCCCCAUCUGUGCUCGGCCGCUGGGACAGGAGUGGGCAGUGUUGACCUGUGGUCACUGCUUUUGUAAUGAAUGCAUCGCCAUCAUUGUGGAGCAGUAUAGCGUGGGCUCAAGGCGGCGCGCCAUCAAGUGUGCCAUUUGCAGGCAGACUACGUCCCACGCAGAAAUCUCCUACGUUUUCACCACCCAGUCGUCGAGCCACGAUCAAGACAUACCAGUCAAGGGAAGCCACUCUACCAAAGUGGAGGCGGUUGUAAGAACAUUGAAGAAGAUUCAGAUGAAUGAUCCUGGUGCAAAGUGUCUCGUCUUUUCAACAUGGCAGAGUGUCCUGGACAUCAUUGCUAAGGCCUUGUUGGACAAUAACAUGGAGUUUUCACAAAUCAAUGGAAUUCAUAAAUUCCAGGAAAAUCUUAGUUCUUUCAAGUAUGAUGAAAAGAUCAACAUUCUUCUCCUCCCUCUCCACACCGGCUCCAACGGCCUGAAUAUCAUUGAAGCAACACACGUCUUGCUGGUUGAACCGAUUCUGAACCCAGCUCAUGAGCUCCAGGCUAUAGGCAGGGUACACCGGAUUGGUCAAACAAAGCCAACGUUUGUGCACAGAUUCCUAAUUAAAUCCACUAUCGAGGAAAGAAUGCAAGCAAUGCUGAAGACAGCGGAAAAGAGUCACACCAGCACAGCCAUGAAGCACUCUGAGGCUGCCGUUCUGACAGUGGCCGACCUGGCCGAUCUGUUCACCGAGGACACGGAACCUCUGGAGUGAUUGUGCACAGCGAUCUGCUCCUGGAGGAAGAGCAGAAAACACAGCUGACUCUUUACACAGCGCCAUUUAAAAGUACUCUGAAUUUGCACAUUCCUUUUUUAUAUGUCAGCGACUUGAAUUGUGAAAUGCAUUUCCGGAAAUUUUUUUUUUAGCCAAUAACAAGUGAUGUGUUUGCAAAACAUAUUUAAGGUCAGAUUUUAAUGUAGGUCAGUUACUGUUCUGAUCGUCUCAGCUUUAUCUAUAGAUAUAUCUAUAUAUCAUGUUGCCAUUCAGUACAUUGAGUUUUAAUAGCAUAUAUUGAUUUAACAUAAAUACCUUGUGCAUGUGUAUAUUUAUUGCACCUGUAUGUUCUAUUCAGUGUUCUUUUCAUAUGAAAUUCCAUGGUUAUAAUUAUUCCUAAGUGCGCAGUAUCACAACUACAUGUCUGACUUUUUUUUAACAAACCAAACAGUUUGAGAAUAGUUAGACAAUUGAGGAAGUUAUGGUUAUUUCA